AUGGCCCUGAAGUAUAUAAAGGAGGAGCUAGAUCAAGGCAUUGCAACUUCUUAUAUGCUUACACUCCCACCUGUCAAUAGUAGUCUUUUCUCCCCAGCUCCACACACAGGUCCUGCCCCAGACAUGCUCCCUUCAUAUCUGAGUAUCAUCUCCUCUGUUACAUCUUCUCUACCUUUUAACUUUGACUAUGACUCCAAGAAUAUUGUCACAUGUGCCAAUUUAACAAACGGUGGAAAGUCAGAACUUCUGAAAUCAGGAAGCAGCAAAUCCACACUAAAGCAUAUAUGGACAGAAAGCAGCAAAGACUUGUCUAUCAGCCGACUCCUGUCACAGACUUUUCGUGGCAAAGAAAAUGAUACAGAUUUAGACCUGCGAUAUGACACCCCAGAACCUUAUUCUGAGCAAGACCUCUGGGACUGGCUGAGGAACUCCACAGACCUUCAAGAGCCUCGGCCCAGGGCCAAGCGAAGGCCCAUUGUUAAGACGGGCAAGUUUAAGAAAAUGUUUGGAUGGGGUGAUUUUCAUUCCAACAUCAAAACAGUGAAGCUAAACCUAUUGAUAACUGGGAAAAUUGUAGAUCAUGGCAAUGGGACAUUUAGUGUUUAUUUCAGGCAUAAUUCCACUGGUCAAGGGAAUGUAUCUGUCAGCUUGGUGCCCCCUACGAAAAUAGUGGAAUUCGACUUGGCACAGCAAACCGUGAUUGAUGCCAAAGAUUCCAAGUCCUUUAAUUGUCGCAUUGAAUAUGAAAAGGUUGACAAGGCUACCAAGAACACACUCUGCAACUAUGACCCUUCAAAAACCUGUUACCAGGAGCAGACCCAAAGUCAUGUGUCCUGGCUCUGCUCCAAGCCCUUUAAGGUGAUCUGUAUUUACAUUUCCUUUUAUAGUACAGAUUAUAAACUCGUACAGAAAGUGUGCCCCGACUACAACUACCACAGCGACACACCUUACUUCCCCUCUGGAUGA